CUUUGGAUGGUAUAAUAAACCCCAAAUACACAGAUGAGUCGACGGUCGAAUGCAAAACUAAAUUUUCAAAUUAUAAAUCUACCGUUAUCCUUGUAGAACUGCAAUAUGAAGCAAAUAGCACCUUACCAGUGGAGAGUAGACCGAGUCUGGAAAAUGCGAUUCUGUUCAAAAUAAAAACAAACGACAGCGGCGAUUUUUAUGACACCAGUGCGAACAUCACCGUCAAGGAGGGACCGUUAAUGGUCAAGAUUUCUGGGGACUAUGACAAAGUGGAUCAUUUUUGGUGUCAAAACAUUAUAGACAAAGAAGGUGAAAAUCCUAAGGUAUUUUUCAGUAAAGCAGAUUUUUCAGAAUACGAAAAUCCAAAAGAAGCUAUAGCUAUUGUACAUACCAAACAUUUAUAUGGAAAUAACACGCCAUGGAAUUGUACCCUGCUUACGCGGAAAGACGCUCAGAUACAUAAAAAUAAUUUAUAUGUUUAUGAUAACGCGUCUUAUUCAAAAAUAGAAUGGAAGGCAGCAGUCCAUAUUGUUGAAGAGACACCAGAAAACAUGCUGCUCUUUAAAAUGAAGGACGACAACACUGGAUGUGAAAUUGAGAAACCAGCUUUUAGCUUUACAAUUAAAGAGGACAGCACAAUAACGGUGAAGAUUUCAAAUGCUAAUACCAAUUUUUAUAAAUUUUGGUGUGAAAGAGAUACAAAUAGCACAAGUAACACCAAAGUUUUGGAAGUAAAUUUGACCUUAUAUUUCGUAUACCCUUCUUACGCCAUUGCCGUUAUUCCAGUACAUUCGUUGCAUGGAGAAUUCAAAUGCUUUAUAGCAACAACUGCUUACUUUUUGGAUACAAAUAAAAUCAUUCCGACGACUUAUGAAAAAGUGUGUGAGGCCAGACUUGAACUUAUAGGAUCCCAGCACUAGCACACCAAGUAAGGUUGGGAUGUGGUUACAUGACACCUGUCUGAGACAUAGCCUGCAACUAACGUGUUUCUCUCAAUCAGUGCCCCAAAAAAGAAUGAUAUACCUACUAAAGAUAUUGAAACCAAAAUCACUUAACACUACUGACAAAAGUUCCUAAAAAUGAACCUUGGGAAAUAAUUGAUAAAAUAAUAAUUACAAUUACGUAAUUGUUCGUGAAUACAAUAUUUGUGUAUAUUUUUCAAGACAGUAUUUUAUUGCCUAGCAAAUAAUAUAUGUGCUAUUCAGCUAAGAUAAUUCGUAUAGGUAUUAAUCAUUCAAAGUAAUGCGUACGGUAAAACCCUUUCGUAUAUAGCCGC